AUGUGUGUAUGCGUGUGUGUACAUGUGUGUAUGCAUGUGUGCAUGUGUCUGUGUAUAUGUGUGUAUGUGUGUGUAUGUGUGUAUGCAUGUGUGUAUGCGUGUGUGUACAUGUGUGUAUGCAUGUGUGCAUGUGUCUGUGUAUAUGUGUGUAUGUGUGUGUAUGUGUGUAUGCAUGUGUGU